AUGAUUUGGGCCAUCCUCUGCGUUGCUGCGUUAAUGUUGUCAGCAUUGGGCACGGGUUUAGUCGUCUUCAAGUUCUACAAAGACUGGUAUGUUCGUGCUUCAAGUGUAAGAUGGUUGUUUGCUGCUUUUUUUACCUACCAGUUCAUUGCUUCGACAUCAAGACUGGUGUAUUUCAUAUGGCUCACGAUUGCAAUCCAUGAAAGGAGACGGUUUAGCGAUUACAACGACUUGAAUAAAGAUGCCGUGAUGACAACGGAGCUAUAUCGAUUGGGAACGAGUGCAGUAUUGAAACUGAUCCAAAAGCAAAAUGGCUGGAUCACUGCUGUGAUUGUUGUUGGUGACACGACAAACUUUGGACUUUCAAUCUGGAUUGGUGCUCUCGUGUAUGAAUUGUCCAAACUCGUAGCGCUUUCCAUGGACCGUGGAGAGAAACACGAACGAGCUCAAAUCCGCUUGUAUGCAUGGGUUGGUCACUCCAGCAUUGCAACUUUCUUAGUUGUUGAAAUCGUUCUUGCCAUUAUUUUCGUGGGAUACUCUACAUACGCCUAUUCGAUGUUGUUAGCUGUAUACGCUGCACAGAUUGUUGUACUUGUCUACAUGGUGAUUAUGGUGAUCGUGCUCAAGAGAAAUGGUCGGAAUUACGAAAGCAUUCAUGGAACUUUUGUGACUUCUCCUCUCUACCGACGGCUCAAGUGGAUCAUGCUUGCGUACGCGUUAUUUGCCUUUCAAUUUCAGUUUUCAUCAGUAGUUCUAUACGCGGCACCAAUUGACGAAGAAACAGUUUCACGCUACGCUGGAAUAAGCUUUACACUGUUUUAUCUGCGUGGUUUCGUAUUCUCCAUCGUCGCUGGUUGCAGUCAACCUUGUGUCGUACGAUGCUUAGGAUGCUGUGUUCCCAACGAAAUUAUAGCACAAUAUACCCAGCGUCAGGAAUGUGUGACUAUACCUGAGGACUGCGAUCAGCCUGACAUUAAUCCUGUGUUUGUGAUCACUGAUAUUGAAUCGUCCAGCGAGCUUUGGGCUGAGGGUGAUGGUCGAAUCAUGCAGCAGGCAACACAAGUUCACGAUGACAUUUUACGAAGUUUACUAGCUGCAUACCAUGGCUACGAGAUUGCUACAGCAGGUGAUUCUUUUCAAUUGGCUUUUCAUACGAUUCAAGAUGCAGUGGAGUAUUGUUUGGAUGCUCAAAUGCAACUACUUAACGCAAAGUGGCCCAAACGUUUGCACAACUUGGUACCCGCCACACGAAAAGAGCGCGUUGGAACGAAAACAAUUUUUAAAGGUCUUCGUGUUCGCAUGGGCGUGCACGAUGCAAUCGAGUCGGAAGGACCUCUUGUUCAAGAUGUACAUGUGGUAACAGGGAAAUUGACAUAUACCGGGGCUUCUGCAGUCAUUGCCAACGAGAUCGAAGAGUUGGGAGCUGGAGGUCAAAUUCUAGUCACUAAGCGCAUAGCUGAGUGUCUCGCAGCAAGUUGUUUCCAGAUUACAAGCAAAUUUGUGAUGAAACGUUUGGGCGAGUAUUCCAUCCCUCGUUUGCAUACAAUGCAGGAGGUGUUUCAGGUGGUGCCUAAACCACUGGUACUGCGAUUUGAACGUUUUCAGUUGCCAGAAUGCAUUGUACAGAUUGAGCAAGAGGAGACACAGUCGGAAAGUGAAAGUCACACGUUUUACACGUCCAUGCAGGUUUAA